CUCCGUCCUGUCUGCUUGGGCACACUGCACAGCACAGCCAUCCAGAGCAGUUUUAACCACUUGCCUACCGGGCACUUCUACCCCCUUCCUGCCUACAGGACACUUCUACCCCCUUCCUGCCCACCGGGCACUUCUACCCCCUUCCUGCCUACAGGACACUUCUACCCCCUUCCUGCCCACCGGGCACUUCUAGCCCCUUCCUGCCUACAGGACAUUUCUACCCCCUUCCUGUCUACCGGGCACUUCUACCCCCUUCCUGCCUACAGGGAACUUCUACCCCCUUCCUGCCUACAGGGCACUUCUACCCCCUUCCUGCCUACAGGGCACUUCUACCCCCUUCCUGCCCACAGGGCACUUCUACCCCCUUCCUGCCCACCGGGCACUUCUACC